AUGGUCCCUCUGGAUGGAGAACUCCUGUCAAGUCGAUCGACAGGUCACCCACCACCCCGUCUUGGAGCUUCCGAUAAUCCGGUCCCGUCCGUGGGCAUUCAAGAAGCAAAGACCAAGCAGCCUCCCAGAGGUCCCAGAGGAAAACAUUACCUCGUCUACCGAACAUCACACCCGGGGAAUUUCAACCCCCUUCAUGAAGGGGAGCAGGCGACUAUCAACAGUUCCAAAUACAGCACUGAUUCAAAAACCAAAAAUCUCUACACCACCACCACAUGCGUAGGAUUUCCGCUUCGGAGAAGUCCGGAUACAACGGGUGAGGUGUUCGCUCUGCACGGCUCAGAGGAACUAUUUAUAUGA